AUGCAUAUAAAGCUGUGUGGGGGGCCCUCUCGCGUCUCCUUGUUGUUGGGCCCCCUAGUAUCUUCUCCUACUGGUGUUUUCGCCUACUUGUUGCUCCUUUACCUCGUUUCCAGCCCGACUCAAUCGGUAAUAGUGACUCGUGCUUUGCUUCCUGCCUUCGUCAACUGUGCCAGCAUAGCCUCAGUGUGCGUACAAACUCCUCGGGAUCUAGUAUCACCCCUUAAAGCAUAUCGCCCCAGCGACCCUUGCAGGAAAGGGAGGAGAGGGACUACCCUGACCCUCAAAGCUCUUGUAGAAUCCGGCCCCGCUAUUCCCCCUCCACAGCAUCCUGCAAAUCCGCCGCUCCUUCCUACCGCGCUUCGCAGCGGAUCCGACAUUUUUAGCCAUUUAUUGCAUUUCAGUAAGAGGAUAUUUCUGUGGGGCCCUCUAACUGAUGAGGUCGCUGCAGCUCUCACAGCGCAGCUGCUGCUCCUUUGUGGAGAGACACAAGAGAGGAACAAGGAGAACAAGAGGAGAAAUAGGCAUGAUAACCUAAUAAAGACGAUAAGCAAUGAUGUAGAGGGGAAGGAGGAACAAGAUAACACAAGUGUAGAACUGGUCAUAAACUGUAAAGGCGGCUCACUAACUGCAGGUCUGGCCUUGUACGACGUACUGUCGCUGGUAUCCAACACUCUUUCUGUGCGGACUCUGGCUGUUGGCGCUGCGGGACACAUGGGAGCUCUUCUUCUCUGUGCUGGGAAGAAGGGACACAGGAGGGUGACAAAAAAUGCAAGAAUUUUUUUUUGCGAAUCUACGGGUAAGUGGACGGAAUGUGUCAUUAUAGCAAGGUGUCACUCACAGGUUGAUAGCCACCCUCAUUAUGCUGCAUCAGAACGUGUUCUGGUUGUUGGGGGAGUUGCAGUGGCGUUGUUGCUGCUUUUUGGCAACAGCAGUACCAGGCGUUUAAUUGCCCCUCAAUCUAAUGCAGCCUUUGAAGUUUUUUCUAUUUAUUCAAAUGUACAUGAAAGGACACAGGUGGGGAAUCAUUGGCAGAAAACAGCUACAAAUAAUGGUAGGCGCAUCCCAGAUCAGCGGGCACGGGGGAAAAGCAUUUUCCGACUUUUUUUCUACUGUGCAGCGCAUGCCCAGGGCUCUGCCAACGAGCUCUUGUCUCAAGCUGCUUCUUUGGCCUCACAGGAAAGGUCAAUGGAUAAGCUGCUGGCCAGACAUACGAAGUGUCCAAUUAACGAGAUAUCUAAAUGGAGGCGGCAGUCCAAAGUGUUUUCUGCUGAAGAAGCCCGGGCAGUUGGACUUGUGGAUACAGUAAUUGCUGAGGAGAACAAUAUUGAAAGAACUAGCCUUCAUUAG